ACGCCAAAGCCCCGUAACCCCGUUCGCCCCGCGCCGUCCGCCCGUGAAAGCUACGACCCCCACCCCCACGCCUCAGACAUCGGUCGCCUCGUCAUCGUCAACUCCUUCGGCGCCACUCCCUCGACAUCGUCGGGCGCCAAAACCUCCGCCAUCCCGGCCGCGCCACGCCCUUCAGUAUGGAGGACGACCGCGCCACGGCCAAUGUCCGCGUGGACGGCGCGCCGGCGGAAGCCACGCUCAGCGGCGGGGAGCUGCGGUGGCGCCGCGGCGGUGCUGGCGGGGCCGGGCCGGAGCGGGCGCUGUCGCUGGAGAGCGACGUGCUCGGGGUCCAGGUGACGGGGAAGGAGGUCGUCGUCAGGGCCUUCGUGGCGGCGGGCGCGGCGAGGGCGCUGUCGUGCGCGGGCGCGGGAGGGAAGCGGUGCAGAAGGGACUUCGUGCUCCAGAUGGCGGACGGCGAGGGCGCCGCCGUGGCCUGGGGAGAGGGGCUCACACGCUACCUCGACUCCUUCGGCCGCCCCAAGAGAUUGUUCGUCUUCGUCAACCCCUUCGGCGGCAAGAAAUGCGCCAGGAAGAUCUACGACACGGAAAUCAAGCCUCUGUUUGAAGCUGCGGGUGUGAGCAUCACACUGCAAGAGACCGAGUACCAGGGGCAUGCCCGGGAGGUGGUGUAUUCCCUCGACCUCGCGGAGUACGACGGCGUCGUCUGCGUUAGCGGUGAUGGCGUCCUCGUGGAGGUAGUGAACGGAAUUCUUCAACGGACAGAUUGGGAGGAGGCAAUAAAAGUGCCUAUCGGUGUAGUUCCAGCAGGUUCAGGAAAUGGCAUGGCUAAAUCACUUCUGCAUGCUGCCAGUGAGAAAUACUCGGUUUCAAAUGCUGUAUUUGCCAUAAUCAAAGGUCACAAGCAGUCCUUAGAUGUCUGUACCAUUUUGCAAGGGGACACGAAAUUUUUUAGUGUCUUGCUAAUGACUUGGGGUUUGGUGGCCGAUAUAGAUAUCGAGUCUGAGAAAUACAGAUGGAUGGGAAGUGCACGCUUCGACUUCUAUGCUCUGGUGCGCAUAAUGAACUUGCGAAAAUACUGUGGAAGUAUUCAGUUCGUGCCUGCCCCAGGCUACGAGGCAUAUGGAGAACCCAUCAAGCAAGUCAAGAAUUCCAUUGUAGAGUCUGUGGAGCAAAAUGGAAAAUCUCAUCGGUCUUCUUAUCCAGGUCCUUCAGUUGAGUUUCAAGCUUCAGAUUGGAGAUUUAUUGAUGGCCCAUUUAUUGCAGUUUGGGUAAACAACGUGCCAUGGGCUGCUGAGGAUAUCAUGGCGGCUCCAGAGGCAAAGUUCUCAGAUGGCUAUAUGGAUGCAGCCAUACUCAGAGAUUGUCCAAAGGCUGAUCUUUUAGCUCUAUUGAUGAAGAUGAGCGACGGCAGUUAUGUCAAAUCACCAUAUGUUGCUUACCUCAAGGUGAGAACUUUUCAAUUAUCACCAGGCCAGCUUGUUGAGAACCCCAAAAGGGGUGGCAUUAUAGAUGUGGACGGAGAGGUAAUUGCUAGAGGAAAAGGAACUUACGACAAAAACCAACAUCAAGAUGUGAUGGCUUAUGGCCAACCUAUUCAGCUGACAGUGCACCAAGCAUUGGCUACCAUAUAUUGCCCUGACAAAAUUCACUGAAGAAUGUUGUUGCCAAACGAAGUCUCCUAUAAAUGUCUCAAGUCUUGGAAGGAAAAUGCUGAUAUAGAGAGCAGCAAGAAAUGGACCUUACAAUCCCCCCCCCCCCCCCCCCCCCCCCCAAUCACACAAUGAAACAAACAGACAGACCAGUGAAACCAGAAUCUAGAGGAAAAAUAUAUAUUUCUCGCUAAGACAAACUAUGGCAUUCAUGUAUGCCAGAACAAACACCCCAAAAUGACCCUUUCUUCCCUUUGUACUCUCUCCUAAGGUUAGUUUGAUCAUGCCAAUUUGUUUCUAAUGUUGUUCUUUACAAGUUUUGACCAAUAAUACAGUGUAGGUGUUAGGAAAACACAGUAUAGGUGGAACUGUUCAUAUAUCUGUACACUUCCCUAAUUAUAUCUUUUGGGCAUUAUACAUUUA